AAAGGAAAAAGUGGUUGCAACUAUUUCACAUAUGAGAAAAGUCCACUGGUUUGAGAAAUUCAAUUGGUUCAUUAGCAGUGAGAACUACUUGAUCAUCAGUGGUCGUGAUGCUCAGCAAAAUGAGAUGAUAGUUAAACGUUACAUGUCAAAAGGAGAUCUGUAUGUACACGCAGAGCUUCAUGGAGCAUCUAGUACUGUGAUAAAGAAUCAUAAACCUGAUCAGAAUGUACCACCUCUCACUUUAAACCAAGCUGGGUGUUUUACAGUUUGUCAUAGUCAGGCCUGGGAUUCCAAGAUUGUUACUAGUGCAUGGUGGGUCUAUCCUCAUCAGGUCACUAAAACAGCUCCUACAGGAGAAUACCUUACAGUUGGAAGUUUCAUGAUACGAGGUAAGAAAAACUUCCUUCCACCACACCCACUCAUCAUGGGUUUUGGAUUGUUGUUUCGUUUGGACGAGAGCUCCUUGGGAGCUCAUUUGAAUGAGAGAAGGGUUAGAGGUGAAGAAGAAGAAAUGAAUGAUGUAGUAAUGGCAACGCAUGCUCCUGAUGAACAUUCAGAUGCUGAGUCAGAGAAGGAAGCAGUGAAUGAAGCGAUUUCUGCCCCAGCAGAAGUUAAUUUACCGGAAUCAAGUACAGCAUUGAGCCAAGAUACUUCUUCUUUUGACAUGAAUAGAUCUGGUAUUGCUGAAGCAAAUGCUGCAUCAGCUACCUCGCAGCUCGAAGAUCUACUUGACAGAACCCUUAGUCUUGGUGCUGCAACUGUGGCCAGCAAGAACCAUACAAUAGAGACAUUAAAGGACGAAAUGGAAGAGGACAUGAAACAGGAAGAGAAAAAGGCAGGAGUGAGAGAUAAACCUUACAUGUCAAAAGCUGAGAGAAGAAAGCUUAAGAUGGGCCAAAGCGGUAAUGCUGCUACUGAUAGUAACACUGGGCAAGAAAAGCAGCAACGAAAAGAAAAAGAUGUUAUUUCUUCAAGCAAAGCCAACAAGAGCAUACCCGAUAACAAGCCAGCUGCGGAAAAAGUUACCCGUGGGCAAAGGGGUAAACUUAAGAAAAUGAAGGAGAAGUAUGCUGAUCAAGACGAAGAAGAAAGAAAAAUUCGAAUGGCAUUGUUGGCAUCUUCUGGAAAGCCACUGAAGAAUGAUGCCGAAUCACAGAAUGCAAAGGUAGCUGUAACCGAAGAGAAGAAACCUUCUGAAGAGACGGAUGAUGCUGUGAAAAUAUGUUAUAGGUGUAAGAAGGUCGGACAUCUUGCAAGAGACUGUCAUGGGAAAGAAACUUCAGACAUGGACAAAGUGGUUAUGGAAGAAGAGGAUAUCCAUGAGGUUGGGGAUGAAGAGAAAGAAAAACUGAUAGAUGUCGAUUACCUAACUGGUAACCCGUUGCCAACCGACAUUCUCUUAUAUGCGGUCCCGGUGUGCGGCCCAUACAAUGCUCUUCAGUCAUAUAAAUACAGAGUCAAAGCGAUUCCAGGCAGCAUGAAGAAAGGAAAAGCUGCAAAAACUGCAAUGAAUCUGUUUACACACAUGUCGGAGGCAUCAGUAAGGGAGAAAGAGCUGAUGAAGGCGUGUACGGAUCCAGAGCUGAUGGCUGCUCUUGUCGGGAAUGUGAAGAUCACAGCAGCAGGUUUGACGCAGUUGAAACAGAAACAGAAGAAAGGCAAGAAAAGUGGGAAACAACAACAUAGCUAGGUUUUAUCUUUUGCAAGAAGAAGCUAAUGAAGGUUUUUUUGUUUACUAUAUAGUGCAUGUUGGUUCAUAUCUUUGUAUGUUUACCUUGUGCAAAAACAUUUCAGAUUUUACGUGUUUUGGUGAUUUCAAUA